CACCGGGUGGGGGGGGAGCAGCGGAAGUCAGAAAGAAGCAGCUGGAAGUGUUUUCACCCAGCAUUAGUACUGUGCCAAGCAGAAUUGCUAUUCACAGGCCUCCUUUGCAGACAUGUGGCAGGAGAUCCUACAGAAUGUCCGGUCUUAUGACUCUCCCCAGAGAAAUGUGAUUGCAGCUUCUUGUGCUCUAGGAGGUGGAGUCCUCCUGGUUUACUGGCUUCUGUCCAGGCGCAGGAUGAAGACUCUAGAAAUGGGAGAUGGAUGGUGGGGCUCAGGUGAAAGAUCACCAAGAGACAAAGAAGAUGAAGGAAUUAGAUCCUUCCAAGUGAAAACAUCAGAGAAUGAAAUCCAGGAUUUGUACCAGCGCCUCGAUCAGACCCGCUACACCCCACCGCUGGAAGGGGCGGCCUUCAACUAUGGCUUCAACUCCAACUAUCUGCAGAGAGUGGUGUCUUAUUGGAGGAACCAGUUUGAUUGGCAGAAACAAGUUAAAAUCCUCAACCAGUAUCCGCAUUAUAAAACUACAAUUGAAGGGAUUGAAAUUCACUUUAUCCAUGUGAAACCGUCUCACAUCCCAAAAGGGGAGGCUGCCAGGCCUUUGCUCAUGGUACACGGCUGGCCCGGCUCCUUCUAUGAAUUCUAUAAGAUCAUCCCACUGUUGACUGAUCCUGCGGGUCACGGAUUGAGUGGUGAAGACGUGGUAUUUGAGAUCAUCUGCCCAUCCAUCCCCGGCUAUGGCUUCUCUGAGGCUCCACACAAGCAAGGCUUCAACUCACUGGCUGCUGCUCGAAUCUUCCACAAGCUGAUGCAGAGAUUGGGCUUCCAGGAAUAUUAUCUACAGGGUGGAGACUGGGGCUCCCUGAUCACCACAAACAUGGCCCAGAUGUUGCCAAAAUCUGUAAAAGGACUUCACCUGAACAUGGUCUUCCAAACCAAUUUUGGUUUGAGUGUAUUGGUGGAUUUACUACUGGGGGCUUAUGUACCAUGGCUGGUGGGCUUCACCAGGGAAGACUCACGCCGUUUAUUCCCGUACUUCAAGAAGAAUGUGUAUGAUCUCUUGCGCGAAAGUGGCUACUUGCACAUCCAGGGCACCAAACCAGACACGGCAGGAUGUGGAUUGAACAACUCCCCCGUGGGGCUUGCAGCAUAUAUUCUCGAAAAAUUCUCCACCUGGACAGAUAAAGCAUUCCUGAACAAGGACAAUGGAGGUCUGGAAAGGAAAUACUCUCUAGAUGAUCUUUUGACCAAUAUCAUGAUUUACUGGGUGACUUCUUCCAUCGUGUCAUCAAUGCGCUUUUACAAGGAGAAUUUUUCCCAGAAUCCAUUCUCUGCUCCUCAUGCCAGGCUUGGAGUUUAUGUUCCCACUGGUGUUGCUGCCUUACCUAACGAAAUUACUCAUGUUCCACGUUCCUGGGCAAAGAAGAAGUUUAAGAAUAUUGUCACCUACUCCUACAUGCCACGGGGUGGGCACUUUGCUGCCUUUGAGGAACCAGCACUCUUGGCUCAAGACAUCAGGAAGUUUGUGAGGAAGGUGGAACAUCUGUGAGGUAAUAGCAUGGCACAACCAUCGCAGAGAGCACUAUAAACCAAGCUCAGGAAGCUUCUGAACAACCUGCAGUAUUUAAAGCAAAAAAUAUUUUUGUUUUGUUUUUUUAAAUUUCUUUUUUAUUGUGAAUAUCAACAAAAUAGCUUUGGGCAGUCAAGCAUUUCUUCUGCAACGGGGGCAGGGGGUUGCCAUGGUCUAUAGAAAUAUGAUCUCUCUCCCUAGGCUUCCUGUUCAUUCACGUGCUGGUCUUGAGUGUUUCUACUUUGUGUUGGGAACUCGAGACAGAUUAGGGAUUCUGCUGGUGUACCACCCACCCUGCUGCCCAACAGUUUCCCUGCUUAAGCUGAUGGAGGUUGUCUCGGAUCUGGUGUUGAGGACCCCCACAAUGAUGGUUUUGGGGGACCUCAACUUCCAUUCUGAGGCUCCUACAUCCAAGUCGGCUCAGGACUUCAAGGACACCCUGACGACCAUUGGGCUGUCUCAUCCUUUUCAUCAAACCCAGGUGAGGCAGUGGCUGUUCUGAAUCAGUGCCUGAGCAUGCUAAUAGACUGAAAGGGGGCCAACAAACUGAGACUCAAUCCAGACAAGACAGAGGUACUGUUAGCGGGUGUUUCACCUGUCUGGCUAGGUGAUUUUCACCCUGUUCUGGAGGGUGUUACAUUCCCCCUGAAGGAUCAGGUUCGUAGUUUGGGGGUGCUCUUGGAUCCAGAACUGUGACUUGAGGUGCAGGUGUACUCAGUGGCACACAGCCCCUUUUAUCAGCUUAGACUGAUAUACCAACUGCGCCCUUAUUUGGAGAGACACAGCCUAGCUACAGUUAUCCAUACUCUGAUAACCUCUUGUCUGGAUUACUGCAAUGCAUUAUACGUGGGGCUGCCCUUGAAAAUGGUCCGGAAACUUCACCUGGUACAAAACAGGGCAGCACGUUUACUAACAGGGACUGGCCAACAAGACCACAUCACGCCAGUCCUUUUCCAUCUUCACUGGGUGCCAGUCCAAGUCCAGUCUCGAUUCAAAGUGCUAGUAUUAACAUUCAAAGCCCUAAACAGCUUGGGGCCAGGCUCUCUGAAGGAACACCUUCUCCCAUAUGUACCUGCCCAGACCCUAAGGUCAUCCUCAGGGAGUCCUUCUCCAUGAGCCCCUGCCAAAGGAAAUGAGGCAGGUGGCUACCAGGAGGAGGGCCUUCUCUGCUGUGGCACCCCAGCUGUGGAACGAGCUCCCUAGAGUGGUUCGCCUGGCACCUACACUAUUUUAGAUGCCAGGUGAAGACCUUAUUUUCUCACCAUUUUAACAGUUAAGCAAUUUAAUGUUAACUUUGUUUUAAAUUUAAAUUUAUAUUUUAAAUCUGUAUUAAUUUCUGCAUUGCUGCUUGAUUUUAUCCUGGUUGUGUCAUUAUAUUGUAUUUUUAUUAUGCUUUGAUACUGUUUGUUUUGUAUUUCAAACGGUUUUUAUGGUUUUAAUUUUUGUAAACUGCCCAGAAGGCUAUCAGGCGGUAUAAAAAUGCAAUAAAAAAAAAAAUAAGAGGCUUGUUCUUGAA